AUGAGGAAGAACGACGUUUCCUCUUUCAACCCUUGCCUGUUCUUAUCUGAUGCCAUAGGUUGAUUGUGGCUGAGGGGCUGGCAUAGUGGGUUGAUUGUGGCUGAGAGACUGGCAUAGUGGGUUUUUAAAAAAGAAAUUCUAGCUUAUGAAAUUAGCUUCAGCUUACAAAUAGAAAAUCAAAAUUCCAAACAGGUUCAUUCAACCGUUAGACCCCUCCCACCUUUUUUUUCCCAAAGGACAGUUUGUGGAGAUCUCUUUAAAUAUUCAUCAAUGUCUGAAGAAAUUGUUGAAGAUGUUGUUUAUGCAAAUCUCAAAUUCCAGGACUCUGAUAAGAAAGAAGAAACCCCGAAUUCUGAAAAAUGUGGGGCAGAAGUAUCUUCUGCUCCUUCCCAUUCACAGCAUAAACCAGUCUUGAUUCUGAUUCUUCUGUGCCUCCUCCUGUUCAUUGGAAUGGUGGUCUUAGGAGGCAUCUUUUAUACAACUUUGGAGACAGAAAUGAUAAAAUUAAAUCAAUUACAAGACAUCAAGAAAGAACUUCAAGGAAAUGUUUCCCUACAGCUGAUGCACAAUCUCAAAAGCUCCAAGAAAAUCAGGAACCUCUCCGCCAUGCUUCAAAACAUAGCCACCCAGCUGUGUAGAGAGCUGUGUAAAAAAGAACCAGAGCACAAAUGCAAACCUUGUCCAAAAGGUUCAGAAUGGUACAAGGACAGCUGUUAUUCUCAACUUAAUGGCUUUGAAACCUGGCAAAAGAGUGAAAUGCUCUGCUCUGCCCGGAAUGCCAGCCUACUGAAGAUUAAGAACAAGAAUGUGCUGGAAUUUAUAAAGCUCAAAAUGCUACGCAGUUACUGGCUGUGGUUGUCACCCAGAAAAGAUUACAAAUACCCUGAGACAGUGAAUGAGAAGUUCCUCUCUGAGGGGUUUGAAGGAAGCACACAUGACUUAACUAGGAUGUACUGUGGAUAUAUAGAUGGAAUGUAUGUUUAUUAUAUGCUCUGCACCGACAAGAAUAGGAUCAUAUGUGAGGAGACAGCCAGAAAGGUACAGGUGGAAAGUGUGCUGAAUGACCUCCCAGAGGGCAGCACAUAGCGACUGUAGAUGUUUGUCCCUAGCUACAGGUCUGCUAAUUUGAAUGAAUAUGGUCCCCAUGGGCUCAGUUGGUGGAACUUUUUCAGAAGCAUGGGAAGGUGUGUAGCCUUCUUGGAGGAAGUGUGUCACUGAGGGCAGGCUUUGAGUUUUCAAAAGCGAUGCCAUGCCAUUCCUGGUUAGUUCUGUUUUGGUCUCGUGCUUGAGGAUUGAGCUCUCAAGUAAUACUCAAGGCCACGUCUGCUGCCUGCUGCCAUGGACUCCAGCCCUCCAGAACCAGGAGCCCCCAAUUAAAUGUCUUCUUUUACAAGUUGCCCUGGCAAUGGCGCUUUGUCACAGCCAUUCAAUAGUUGCCAAGACAUCUGUCCUUCAGAGGAGCAUCAGGCAGUGUGUAUCUCCUACCUCAUUCAAACAUAGUAACAACAAGGAGACUACAGUUUUGCCUCUCCUAAUGUUUAUGUCUAGAUUUCUUGGCCUCAUUGGUUGACUGUCAGGAUACUAAGUCAUAAUUUGUUACCAUGUAUUUUUCAGCCCACAGUACGCUGAAAACAAGACCAUGUAGCCUAUUUUUCCACAGAUGGAGUAGGCAAAUUCCAACUUUAAAGAAAUUAAGUCUGGAAAUAUAUAGAAAGAAUAGUAUGAUAUGAAUAAUUUGUAUCAAAGAUUUAUUAACAUUUUCAAAAAAAAAGAUGUGAGGGAAAAACAAAUUUUUCAACUGACAUAGCAAAGCAUAUGAUGAAGACUUAAUUUCCUGUCAUAAUAAAGCUUUGGAAACUAGCAGUUGAGGUCCCAAACAUAAUCAUGUUUUCACAUGAAAUAAACAGUAAAAAAAAAAUAAGCAAAAACUCUGAAGUUUUAAUUAAGAUCAUAAUUCUAGUAAAAGAAAACAUAUUUCAAGUUUUAUAACAAGAUAAGAAUGAACUUCGUCAGUCACUUCAUUUAACAACUUCUAAAGUCUGUUAGAGAUUCAGCAGUAAGAGAAGGCAACAAAAAGGCAUAUAAAAUUUGAAAGUUAGGAAAGAUUAAAAUAAAACAUUUUAUUUGUAGAUAAUAUAGUUAUAUACACGAGAACCAAUAUAGUUUUUAAAGUGUGAUAGUAAGCAUUAUAUUAAAAUCACUGGAUAAGAAAAAUAGCCCUGAGCCCAGAUAGUUUGGUUCUGUUGCUCUCCUUGUGGAACUCCUGUACUAUCCAGGUCUUACUAAUUACCUCUUCUUUCAUAUGAUUCCCUGCCCUCUGCCCAAAGUUUGGCUAUGAACCUCAGCAUCUGCUUUGAUACACUGCUAGGUAGAGUCCUUCAGAGGCCCUCAGUGGUAGGUUCCUGUACUCUUUCUUGUUUUCUCCUUCUUCCAAUGUUCUUCCCCUUUGUAUUUCUAAGUGAGGAUUGAUCCUUUUACCCUGGGUCCUCCUUCUUGUUUGGCUUUUUUAGGUGUACAGACUUUAAUAUAUUUAUUCUAUCUUAUAGGUCUAGUAUCCACUUAUAAAUGAGUAUAUACCAUGUGUGUCUUUUUGCUUCUGGGAUACCUCACUCAGGAUGAUCUUUUCUAGAUCUCACCAUUUGCCUGCAAAUUUCAUGAAUUCCUUGUUUUUAAUUGCUGAGUAGCAUUCCAUUGUGUAAAUGUACCACAAUUUCUGUAUCCUUCCUCCAUUGAGGGACACCUAGGUUGUUUCCAGGUUCUGGCUAUUAUAAAUAAAGCUGCCACGAACAUGGUUGAACAAAUGUCCUUGUUGCGUACUUGAGCCUCUUUUGGAUAUAUGCCUAGGAGUGGUAUAGCUGGAUCUUGAGGAAGCGCUAUUCCUAAUUGAGAAAGCACCAGAUUGAUUUCCAAAUGGUUGUACAAGUUUACAUUCCACCAGCAGUGGAGGAGGUUUCCCCUUCUCCACAUCCUCUCCAGCAAGUGUUGUCACUUGAGUUUUUGAUCUUAGCCACUCUGAUAGGUAUAAGGCGAAAUCUCAGGGUUGUUUUGAUACUCCAACCAAGGUACAUUCAUGAAUAUAACCUAGAACCCCUGCUCAGUCGUAGCCCAUGGCAGCUCAGUAUCCAAGUGGGUUCCCUAGUAAGGGGAAGAGGGACUAUCUUUGACAUGAACUCAGUGGCUGGCUCUUUGAUACCCCCCUCCCUGAGGGAUGAGCAGCCUUGCCAGGCCACAGAGGAGGACAUUGCAGCCAGUCCUGAUGAGAC